UUAGGGUUUCCUCAUCCCCCAUCAGGUAAAAAUGUAUUAUGAAUUUUUCUGUUGUCUUUUCACAUAUAGUAGACAGGGAAUAUAGAUCUAAUCCCAUAAAUGUUUUCAUAAUAUUUGAAGGCAAAUAUUAUAUUGUUGACUCGGGCUACGCCAGUCAACUGGGGUACUUGGUGCCAUUCCGAGGACAACGGUAUCACUUGCAAGAUUAUGGUGAAGGUAGGCCUGGACCAAGGACAGCUAAGGAAUUGUUCAAUCAUAGACAUUCGUCACUGCGGAAUGUUAUUGAGAGAACAUUCGGUGUAUUGAAAAAUAGAUUCCACAUAUUAAAAAGUAUGAAAGCGUACGAUAUUGAAGAUCAGUCAAGAAUCGUGGUCGCCUGUUGUGGGCUCCACAAUUACAUUAAAGAACAAGCUAUUCAAGAUCAGUUGUUCAAUGAGCUUGGAAGUGAACAACAAAUUGAUGACCCAAUGAAUCCUGAUACUCAUGCGUACCAUGCUUCCGCAUCUGAUGUCUCCCAGCGACUAUCUGCAAGACAAAUGUCUAUAGUGCGUCUUAAUAUAGCCAACCAACUGGCAAUUUCAAGGAGAAUGUCUACAAUUUCGUUAAAUCCAUCCUGA